UACGACUAUUACUAUACAGAAAAUGCCAGUUGAUCCAGAAAAGUUAGCUAAAUUGCAAAAGGCUACCGCCAAGAAGGUCGGUGGUUCCAGAAUUAAGGCCAAGAAGAACGUCAAGACUGAACAAGACGACACCAAGUUACUUGAAGCCUUAGGUAAAUUAAAGGCUACCAAGAUUGAAGGUAUUGAAGAAGCCAAUUUCUUCAGAGACGACGGUAAGGUCUUGCACUUCAACCGUGUUGGUGUCCAAGGUGCUCCAGCUUCCAACACCUUUGCCUUCACUGGUUACCCUCAAGAAAAGAACAUUACUCAAUUGAUUCCACAAAUCUUACCUCAAUUGGGUGCUGAAAACUUGGAAAUCUUGAGACAAUUGGCUGAACAAAUUCAAGCCGGUAAGACCCCAAGAGAUUUCAACACUGGUGCCGAAGCCGCUGAAGCCGCUGAAGCUGAAGCUGACAUCCCAGACUUGGUUGAAGGUCAAAACUUUGACGACGUCGAAUAAAUUAUACCAUGAGUCAUGAAUGGACGGUGAUCAUCUACAUCUAUAUAAAUUUGGAAUCCUAUAAGUUUGAUCUUGUAGUGCGAUAGAUUUUAUGUACUUAAUGUAAUAAAUAAUAAAAACCGAACAUGCGACUGUAGAUUGUAUAUGAAUGGUUAGUUUCGAUCUAAUAUGCAUCUGUCUAUUUGUACCGUGAAAUUAGGCAAUCCUGCCAUAUAAGUAACAAUAUAAGUAGUAUUGCUCCAAUUGGGUAGCAAUCGUAACUUGUUAUGCCCAAAAGUCUACUCUAUUGGAGGUUGGUAGAAACCAGCUAAGUGCUGUGGGAAAUAUAAGUGUGUGGUUCAAUUAGAAUUGAUCCAUAUUUUACUUGUCAAUGCAAACUCAUUGUUAUAUGCUGUCUGGUGUAUGUCUAGUUCUCCCCUCCCCCCACAUUUCCCAAAUGCU